AUUUAAACUCUAAAUUUAUGUUGUAGUGAUUGUUUCAUGUUAUUGCCGAUAUACAGCGUGGCAUAAAAUUGAUAGUAAGUUAUUUUAAGGGAUUUGUUUAAGCAAUAGCUACAAAGUAUUAUGGAUGAACUAAAGGAAAAAUCUGUGCUGAUAACAGGCGCAUCUAGUGGCUUAGGUGAAGGGGUCGCUUACACGUUUGCAAGAAACGGAUCAAGCUUAGCAAUAUGUGGGAGAAAUGAGGAGACCUUAGCGAUGGUUCGAGAUAAAUGCAAUGCAGAAGGCGCUAAAAAAGUUGUUUGUACCAUUGCUGAUUUAGAGAACGUCGAAGACAUGAAUAGAAUUGUAGAGGAAACUGUCUCUAGUCUUGGUGGCAUAGAUAUACUUAUUAAUAACGCUGGUUUAGUUAAUCUUGCUACUUUCGAACAGGCCACUGUUGAAGAUUUGGACAAAUUGUUCAAGGUUAAUUUAAGAGCACCUUACUAUCUUACACAACAGUGUUUGCCGCAUUUGAAAAUAUCUAAAGGUUGUAUUGUGAACAUAUCAUCAGUUGCGUCGUCCGUCAUUUUUCCAGAGUUCUUGCAUUACAGCAUGACAAAGACUGCGUUGGACCACUUUACUAAAUCCACAGCUUUGGAGUUGGCAAAGUAUGGAAUACGAGUGAACAGUGUUAGACCGUCUGCAAUUGACACACCAAUUCUAAGACGAACGCUAAGUGAAAAAUCCGAACAGCUUAUGGAUGAAUAUGGGAAGCAAAAUCCAUUAGGACGAUGUCUCUUAUCCAUACAAGAGAUAGCGGAGACGGUCAUUUUUCUGUCUACAUCCGAAUCAAAAUGCAUUACUGGAGCCUGCUUAGCAACAGACCGAGGGAGAGCGCUAUGUGGGCAACUAUAA